GAUUCCAGGUUCUGCACCUCUCUCGAUCCCGUGUGGGUCUCUAACGUUUGAGGGCCUCCGGGACGCAGCACAGGCUGUUCCAGGUUCUGUGGAGUCAAUCCCGUGUAGGCCUCCGACGUUUGCGGGGCUCCGGACUCAACAAACACGGUACCAAUUGGUUGAUGUUGACGCUGAUUCUUGUUGGCACCCAGUUUCCCCUCUCCCCAUGGCUGUGUAGCUUCAUUUAUCAUUCACAACCCGUAAUAACCUCUGCCCAUUGCUGUAACUCGGCAACCCCACCACCAGGCAGGCCCGCACCAACCUUAUCCCUAUCACUGCCAUCUCAUCCAUCCUUGCUUGAUCCGCCCAUGGUUUCUCCGCUGGCUGUUUAUGCUCCAUGACCGUCAUGCACCCAUUGAUUGUGCGUUCGUCUUUUGCAUUUUUCCCAAUACCUUUCCACCAACCUGGCUGUCCGCUUAUUAUGGACCAGCACAUUAGUACUGUUACCCACCAUUUUCAAACCCGUCACCCUGCAGAGAAUCGUGAUGGCGCGCCGUUGCCUUCCUCGGUCCAGCGCCAUGGCAAAUGCUCCACCUGUCACCAGCUCCGAACUACUGCCCCCCUUGGAAUCUGUGGACGAUUCGUGGUGGCAUUCAUCUGAACUUAGCCGACUUCCUGUUCCUAUGCUGCCGCAAUCCCCCCUUGCUGGGUGGCCAUUGGUUAUUACCCUUGCAAAUGUUCCUAUUUAUCCGAACCUAGUACACCAUGCGGUGCAGGUCCCAGCUAACUCUGCCCCCUCAAAUUAUACGGCUUAUGUCCUCGUCGACCUGGAGCCUUUGCCCCAUGAUGCAGAAUGAUGUACUGUUGUCUCCAUUUGUGGCUAAUAAAAUCACAUGCUGUCCUCUCUUCCCUUCCUCACGUUGAUGCACAAGAACAGAACGUUGGACAAAGUUAACAAAACAUCAACGCAUAGACGCUUGGAUCGCGCGUGGUCGCAACACCUUCCACCCUUACUGUGCACCAUAUGAAUCCUUGAGGCACCUGUUGCGACACCAAUCUGCCCGCUGUCCACACGCCGUACGUCUCACCCAACCCCCUGGCAGAAUGAGUCAUAAGUGCGAUAAUUGCGGCCUCACGGGCUUCGAGUCGAGGACGGCGGUGCUGGGCCACAUGCGCGGGACGAGAUGCAAAGGCAACUCCAGCUGCGGCAACAAGUACCACCCUCCAUGGAGCAAAGCGAAGGCAGCCCGAAGACGCACUUGAAGCCGAGCCAACCUGCGCUGUUGGAGAAGCCAUGUCGUUAUCUUCAGAACCAUCCGAGCUUCCACCAUCAAGCGAGGAAGAACCGGCACGCUCAGCCAACAUCCCCGCUUCUCCUAGCGAGAGUGAAUCAAGUGCAGGUCUCUCGAGCGAGAACAGAAGCAUGCCGUGUGAUGACGAUGCAGCAUCUACAGGUGGAAAUGACAAUGGGGAGAGCGAGGAAAGGGGUUCAUCCGAAGAGGCCAUACCGACGUUCGACCUACGUGAUGCACUUGCUCAUUGGCUGCUGGCAAACAGGGUAUCACACCACCAGACGGACACACUCCUCUGCGCGCUUAACCACAAGGAUGCCAUCAUGGAAGAUAUUGCGGAUUGGAAGUCAUGGCGUGAUGUGUUGAAGCAUGCGGAUUCAAGAGCGCCGGAUGCACACAGGAAAUGGGAGAGGCAGUUGAUUAGGGCGGACAACAAGGCGUGGUUGGAAUAUUGGCGCUGUGAUGGCCUAAUCGCACUACAGGAUCUGUUGGCGCACCCCGAGCUUGCGAAAAAGAUGGUCAUGGAUGCUGCCCCCCAGCAGGACGAGGAUGGAAAUAGAGUAUACACUACUCC